AUGAAAUGUUUCUACUUCAACAAAGAAAAGUCUCAUGAUGAAGCAGCUAAGGCUAGAAAGUUUGAUUCAUUGCAAGGAUCAGGGUCUGAGUUUAACUCAUCUACAAGUACAACAACUUCCAUCACUUCUUCCUUACACGUCCUCUCUGAGACACACAGUAACAAUCUCAAAGUCUUUGCCCUUGAUGACCUCAAAACCGCUACCAAUAAUUUCAGCCGGUCUUUGAUGAUCGGUGAAGGUGGCUUUGGUGGUGUGUUUCGUGGCAUCAUUCAGAACCCUCAAAAUUCUCGUAAAAAGAUUGAUAUUGCUGUUAAACAACUUAGUAGAAGAGGUCUACAGGCAAGUAAAACUCUUCUCUCUUGCAUAAGUUUGGGGCAUAAAGAAUGGGUGACAGAAGUAAAUGUGUUGGGAGUAGUGGAACAUCCUAAUCUGGUGAAGCUGAUUGGUUACUGCGCAGAGGAUGAUGAGAGAGGGAUCCAACGACUACUAGUUUAUGAAUACAUACCAAACAGAAGCGUCCAAGACCAUUUAUCUAAUCGUCUUAUUGUCACUCCUCUCCCUUGGUCCACUAGAAUUAAGAUUGCUCAAGACACUGCUCGUGGACUCGCUUAUCUUCAUCAAGGCAUGGAGUUUCAGAUAAUCUUUAGGGACUUCAAAUCGUCCAACAUUCUUCUUGAUGAGAAUUGGAAUGCUAAGCUCUCUGACUUUGGACUGGCUCGUCUGGGACCUUCCAAGGGAGUCACUCAUGUCUCCACAGAAGUUGUUGGAACCAUUGGUUAUGCAGCACCAGAGUACAUACAAACGGGCCACCUCACUGCCAAAAGCGACGUGUGGAGCUACGGAAUCUUUCUCUACGAGCUCAUCACAGGGAGACGUCCCUUCGACAGAAACCGUCCAAGAAACGAGCAAAACAUCUUGGAGUGGAUCAAACCUCACUUGACUGAUAUCAAGAAGUUCAAGAUGAUCAUCGACCCAAGACUUGAAGGAAACUACUACCUCAAGUCGGCUUUGAAGCUGGCUGCUGUUGCUAACAUGUGUUUGAUGGUGAAAGCAAAGUUAAGACCAACGAUGAGUGAGGUUUCAGAGAUGUUAGAGAGGAUAGUAGAGACUUCAGAAGAGGUUUCUUCCGCUCUGCCAUUGGUGAAAAGCUUGACGCCUAAAGAUGCGUUGGCGGCUUCAAGGAGAGAAAGAGUUAAGAAAAGAUUUGUUGAACUUGUAACUGGGGUUAAUGGUUGUCCUAAUCUGCCUACUUGGUCUCCUAAACUUGUCACUUCUCUUUGA